GAUCAACUUAUACACUAUUUAGAGACACAUCAUUUUUACAUCCUCUGCAGUUUGGUUUAAGAUAUCAGACAACAGAGGCAGCUACCUGUUUAUCAUUGGAAAACAAUCUCUGGAUAAAGGAAAUUUAGUAAGAGCAGUGUUCCUGGAUUUAAAGAAGCCCUUCGACAUUGUGAACCAUGACAUUUUAAUUUCUAAAAUGUUUAAUGUCAUUGUUUAAUAUUUCUGAAAGGUCUCUCAUGAUUCAACUCAUACUUAAAAGGCCAUCAACAAUGUGUCAUGAUUAAUAACACCAAGUCUGUUUGUUUUCCACGUGAAGUUUGUUUUUAAAUCUUUAAAUGGGCUAGCUCCUCCACCCUUCUGUGCAUAUACAGUAUAAAGAGAGUGCAAACCUGCGUCAGAUCCACUCGAGCAGGAUCAAACAGAAACUGUGUCAUUUCAUUUAGCAAAACACCAUUUUCUCAGACAGCCUCCUCUGUGAAAGGGGUGAAAUUCUAGAAUUCUCUGCCUGAAAAUCUGAAAUGUAUAAUAAACAACUAUUUUUAAUAUCAUGGCCACAAAUGUGGACAGCGGUGAGGGAUGCCGUCAAGUUGAAGAAGGAGUCCUAUCGGGCCUUUUUGGUCUGUGGGACUUCUAAGGCAGAUGAUAGGUACCAGCUGGCCAAGUGGAAUGCAGCUUUGGUGGUCGCUGAGGCAAAAAUGGGAGGAGUUCGGGGAGGCCAUGGAGAACGACUUCCGGACGGCUUCGAGGAUAUUCUAGCCCACCAUCCGGGGUCUCAGAAGGGGGAAGACCAUCAACACUGUGUAUAGUGAGGAUGGGGCACUGCUGAACUCGACUCGGGAUGUUGUGAGUCGGUGGGGAGAAUACUUCAAAGACCUCCACAAUUCCACCGACACGCCUUCUCAUGAGGAAGCAGAGUCUGGGAUCUCUGAGGCGGGCUCUCCUAUCUCUGUGGUUGAGGUCACCGAGGUGGUUAAAAAGCUCCUCGGUGGUGAGGCGCCAGAGGUGGAUGAGAUUCCUAAAGGCUCUGGAUGGUGUGGGGCUGUCCUGUUCCUCCGCAACAUCGCGUGGACAUCGGGGACAGUGCCACUGGAUUGGCAGACUGGGGUGGUGGUCCCCCUUUUUAAGAAGGGGAACCGGAAGGUGUGUUACAACUACAGGGGGAUCACACACCUCAGCCUACCUGGUAAGGUCUGUAGGGGUGCUGGAGAGGAGGGUCCGUCGGGAAGUCGAAACUCAGAUUCAGGAGAAGCAGUGUGGUUUUCGUCCUGGCCGUGGAAUAGUGGACCAGCUCUACACCCUCGGCUGGGUCCUUGAGAGUGCAUGGGAGUUCGCCCAACCAGUCUACAUGUGUUUUGUGGAAUUGGAGAAGGCGUUCAACUGUGUCCCUCGGGGAGUCAUGUGGGGGGUGCUUCGUGAGUAUGGGGUACCAAAUCCCCUGAUACGGGCUGGUCGGUCCCUGUACAACCAGUGUCAGAGUUUGAUCCGCAUUGCUGGUAGUUAGUCGGACUCGUUUCCGGUGAGGGUUGGACUCUGCCAAGGCUGCCCUUUAUCACCGAUUCUGUUCAUAACUUUUAUGGACAUAAUUUCGAGACGCAGCCGAGGCGUAGAGGGGGUCCGGUUUGGUGGCCUCAGUAUUGCAUCUCUGCUUUUUGCAGAUGAUGUGGUUCUGUUGGCUUCAUCAAGCCGUGAUCUCCAACUCCCACUGGCGCGGUUCGCACCCGAGUGUGAAGCGGCUGGGAUGGAAAUCAGCACCUCGAAAUCUGAGACCAUUGUCCUCAGUCGGAAAAGGGUGGAGUGCCGUCUCCAGGUCGGGGAUUAGAUCCUGUCCCAAGCGGAGGAGUUCAAGUAUCUUGGGGUCUUGUUCACGAGUGAGGAAAGAAUGGAAAAGAAGAUUGACAGGCGGCUCGGUGCAGCGUCUGCAGUGAUGCGGAAUUUGUAUCGGUCCGUUGUGGUGAAGAAGGAGCUAAGCCAAAAGGCGCAGGUCUCUAUUUACCGGUCGAUCUACGUUCCUACCCUCCCCUAUGGUCACGAGCUGUGGGUCGUGACCGAAAGAACAAGAUCCCGCAUACAAGUGGCCAAAAUGAGUUUCCUCCACAGGGUGUCCGGGCUCUCCCUUAUAGGGAGGGCGAUAGGGUGAGAAGCUCGGUCAUCCAGGCGGAGCUCAGAGUAGAGCCGUAGCUCCUCCACAUUGAGAGGAGCCAGUUGAGGUGGUUCGGGCAUCUGAUUAGGAUGCCUCCUGGACGCCUCCCUGGUGAGGUGUUCCGGGCACGUCCCACUGGGAGGAGACCCCGGGGACGACCCAGGACAUGCUGGAGAGACUGCGUCUCCCGGCUGCACUACACUACAAAGACAAAAUAUUUAAUGUUCAAACUGCUAAACUUUAUUGUUUUAGCAAAUAAUCAAUACCGUAGAAUUUUAUGGCUGCAACACGUUCCAAAAAAGCUGGGACUGGUGGCAAAAAAGACUGAGAAAGAUGAGGAAUGCUCAUCAAACACCUGUUUGGAACAUCCCACAGGUGAACAGGCUCAUUGGGAACAGGUGGGUGCCAUGAUUGGGCUUCCCUGAAUUGCUCAGUCAUUCACAAGCAAAGCUGGGGCAAGGUUCACCUCUUUGUGAACAAGUGCGUGAGAAAAUAGUCAAACAGUUUAAGGACAAUGUUCCUCAAUGUACAAUUGCAAGGAAUUUAGGGAUUUCAUCAUCUACGGUCCAUAAUACACCCCUGCUUAUUUCAGCAAGACAAUGCCAAACCACAUACCGCACGUGUUACAACAGCUUGGAUUCAUAGUAAAAGAGUGCAGGUACUAGACUGGCCUGCCUCCAGUCCAGACCUGUCUCCCAUUGAAAAUGCGUGGCACAUUAUGAAGCAUAAAAUACAACAAUGGAGACCCCGGACUGUUGAACAGCUGAAGCUGUACAUCAAGCAAGAAUGGGAAAGAAUUCCACCUCCAAAGCUUCAACAAUUCGUGUCCUCAGUUCCCAAACAUUUAUUGAAUGUUGUUCAAAGAAAAGGUGAUGUAACACAGUGGUAAACAUGAGCCUGUCCCAGCUUUUAGCGAACGUGUUGCAGCCAUGAAAUUCGAAGUUAAUGAUUAUUUGCUCAAAACAAUCAAGUUUGUCAGUUUGAACAUUAAAUAUCUUGUCUUUGUAGUGUAUUAAAUUAAAUACAGGUUGAACAUGAUUUGCAAAUCAUUGUAUUCUGUUUUUAUUGAUGUUUAACACAAUGUCCCAACUUCAUUGGAAUUGGGGUUGUCGUAUUUUAUGCACACACACGUCUUGGCCACAAAAUACAAAUUUUUGGUGACAGUUCAGCAUUUCAUGGCCACAACUUAGUAUUUAGUAGCCACAAUUUAAUGUUUUGGAGCCACAAUUUAGCAUUUUGUGCCCACGUUAUACAAAUUUCUUGGCCACAAAUUAGCAUUUUGUCACACGUUAUAUGUAUUUGGUGAUCACAUUAUAGCAUUUUGUGGACACAAAUUAGCAUUUGCACACCGUAUAUCUAUAUCGUGGCCACAAUUUCAAAGAAUGUUCCCAUGUCAUGUCUGGGGCUGUGCAAUGUCGGCUCUCAGGCCUGCCGGCUGAACAGACCUGCUCCCGGUAGAGCCCUGGGCGAGGCUUGUGAAUGCGUGUGUGUGUAUGUGUUUGUGUAGCAGGUACAACAGGUUGUGAUCCACAACCUCAGUCGAAAGACGCCAUGCAGGACUUGACAUCAGCACUCUGCCAGUCCUCCCAGCCAAGCCGAGUCCAAUCGGACCCAAACAAGAUGUAAGUUCAUGCAAGUGGCAAAGCGUGUGUCCUGGGGAAAGACUCGCCUCGCGUUGUUUACUCACACUGGACCGACCGGUUCUGGUGUCUUUGCUCAACGCGUUAGCUGCCGGUUUAGCUUGAUGUCGAAGGGAGAAAAAUAUCAUGAGACAAAGAGAAGAGGACGAUAAAGGAAGGAGAAACCGGCAGGAUUCCCGUCAUCAAGAAACCCAUUCAUGUGGAUGACGACUAUGUGAACAUAACUUUUCUUCAACUUCAUCUUCAACAUCAAAUGGAGGAUGAUCAAGUGGACUUGGACACUUCAGGUGUUGAACUGGAAGUAUUGAUAUCUAGACUUUGGAGGAGUGGACUUGUCCUUGAAUGAGUAGACUUUGUAGAGUGGACUUGGUAAAGUUGACGAGUAGAACUGCAGACUUUUUCUUGAAAAAUAGGACUUACUUUGAAUUGUUGUUGUUGUUUUUUUUUUUAAUCUUAACCUAACAAACAUGACUAUUAUCGUAAGGUAACUACUUUUUUCUUUUUUUAAUGACUUCUUGAAAAAAAUUACUAUUUAAAAAACAACUCUAGAAAAUACAUCUUCAAUCUUGUCAGAUUUUUAUCUUCAAAAAAAUUUGUUUUUGAUCAAAUAUGAGCGGGAGAGUGGGCUUGUGGCCUGGAAUGAAUAGACAUAGUUUUGGUAGAGUGGACUUAUAUAGCAUGGACUUAUAUACCCGGACAAUGGAUGCAGCCCUGGUAGAGUGGACAUGGAGACUUGAUAGAGCGCACUGGACUUGUGGACUUGGAGGAGAAGACUUUUAGACUUAAUAUAUUGAACUCGUAUACCUGGAUGACCGUAGCCUUUGUUGGGUGAACUUGCAAACAUUAUAGAUUUGGUAGAGUGCUCUUGUAGACUUAGAAUGCACUUGAUAGACUGGAGUUGUACACUUGGAAGAUUGUAGACCGGGUAGAUUGUACUUGUAGACUUCAUAGCAUAGACUACACAGAGUGCUCUCCUGGACCUGGAAGAUUGUCAACCUGUUAGAGUGCAUCUGCAAACUUGAGAGACCUGGUAGAGUGGACUUUUAGACUUUGAAGAUUGUAGACUUGGUAGAAAAGACUUUUGGACAUCAAAGAUUGUAGACCUGGUAGAGUGGACUUGUAGUCUUGACAGAGUGGACUUGUACACAAUUGUAGCUGUUUUAGACUGGAUUUGGCGUAGUCGACAUGGAGAUUAAAGAUUUAGUAGAUUAGACUGAUGGACUUGGUGUGGUAGACUUGUAUGAUUCUAGCCCUGGUAGAGUGGACUUGGACAACUGUAGCCGUGGUAAAGUGGACUUGGCAUAGAUGACCUGGAAGAUUGAAGAUUUGGUUAAGAUGGAUUUAUGGACUUGCUGUAAUAGACUUGGAAGAUUGUAGACCUGGGAGAGUGGACUUGUAGACUUGGACGAUUGUAGCCCUGGUAGAGUUGACUUGGACAAUUGUAGCCCUGAUAAAGUGGACUUGGCAUAGUUGACUUGGAGGAUUGUAGACUUGGUAGUGUGGACUUCAAUACUUGGUACAGUGUACUUGAAAACUUUAUAGACGGAACUUGUUGACUUGGAAGAUUGUAGACUUCGUAGAGUGGACUCGGAGGACUAGAUUUCUAGACUGGAGAGAUAGUAGACUUGGUAGAGUGGCCUUGCAGACGUGAUGGCAUCCAAGCAGUCUGUGUUGUCAGGCUUGUCUGCUCUGAAGGACACCGAUCCUCCUCUUUACAUCCAUCCUCACUACAAGGAGUCCUAUCGUCUGGCCAUCUACGCCCUGCUAUGCGGAGGCAAGGACGCCUACAACGACUUCCUCCAGGCCGAGCAGAUCAGCCACUUCCUGUCAGAGAGGGAGAUCCACUUCAUCCUGGAGAACGCCGAGGCACCCCUGGUAGAGGAAGACGACGAUGAUGUGGAGGGGCGGCACCCCGGAGGCCCCGGGGUUGGAGGCAAGCCGGGCCUGUCCACUUACUUCCCCCUGGAGUCGGACGAGGAGGUGCCCGACCUGGAUCUGGGCUGGCCUGAGGUGGCUUUGGAGGACCAGGACACGAGCAUCAGUUUACUCUUCCACCCGCCCAGGGCCAACACGCCCACCAUCAAGGAGGUGGUCCGCAAGCAAAUCCAGGACGCCAAGCAGGUAGUCGCCCUAGCAAUGGACGUCUUCACAGACGUGGACAUUUUUAAGGAAGUCCUCGGUGCCACGCUGCGGGGGGUGGUGGUCUACAUCCUCUUAGACGAGGGGCACUUUAGCAGCUUCCACGCCAUGUCGCACAGGGCGGGCGUCAACAUCCAAGACCUUAAGAACAUUCGCGUGCGGACGGUGCGAGGUCAGCAGUAUCGUUGUCAGUCCGGCGUCAAGUUUCACGGUGGCUUGGAGCAGCGAUUCAUCUUGGUGGACUGUCGCAGCGUUUUGUACGGAACAUACAGCUACACGUGGUCCUUUGAGAAGAUCAACGUGAGCAUGGUGUUGGUGGUCACUGGUCAGCUGGUGAGCUCCUACGAUGAAGAGUUCCGCCGCCUCUAUGCUCGCUCGACCAUUCCUGAAGCGCUACAGCAAGAGCAUUCGCGCGUGAAGUACCUAAGAGACGCGACGCUCCUACGCAGUCCAAACUCCAGUCAACUUUUCCUGCAUCAAAUUCACGGGAGACCCCGAGGGACGCGCGGCUUGAGGGGUUUGGCACAGGACGAUCUCUUAGACGCCUCCGCCAUCAUGACCAGGGGCCUCAGCAUACAGGACCGCCUGCAUCUGUCACACUUUCCCGACCACAUGACGAGGGGACACAGUUUUGGUGGCGACCUGCAGAAGUUAAACCCCUUGACUCGAUUGAGAAUGGGAACCAAAGACAUAGGAGUGCCUGUUGUUCCGGACAGGACAGGUUCUAGCCUGCUGGUGCCCAACAGGUUGUCUCACCAGCAUAUUCGACACCAAAGUCGCUACGGUCCUGACCAGAAUUUGAUUCCGUUCAACUCUGAAACAUCACUCCACAGGUGGAAGAUGGCCACUUACCUGAACAGCCAGGUUAACCUUGACGGAUCAUGCGACGCCUUGUCCCCGCUGACUUCGCCAUACAGCAGCCGCUCGGGCCUGAACGAGCUCCAGCCACAGGGGAUUCACAACAGGUUCAGAGACAUCAAGUCCCGCUUGGACGAGAUCCCCCACAAGAGACUCAGUUUACAGGAGUACAACAAUCUCAGGCAGAGCCAAGAGUCUCUGCGAUCCAUGUACCAAACUCUGGAUAGACCCAUGUUCAAAUCUUCAUUAAGAGGUCUUGACGUAAGGCAAAAUUUGGCGCAGGAGACGGGCAGCCCUGAAGCCGCCAACCACAAAGGCCUCAAUUCAAACCAGGAGGAUGACAGGUACCAUUCCACCUCGUACUUCGACAUUCAAACGAGUCCAGAGCAAAAGAUGACACCAAUGUAUGAGCCUCUUGCCAGGACCACUUCGGCCACCCACCUGGAGGACAAGCUCAAAGACCCGUCCCUCAAGUACCCCGGCGGUAUCCAGCGCCCCAGAACCAUGGAGUCCUUGAUCGAAAUCCCUGAGGAGAAAGAAGUUUGCAGUAAUCCUGUCAAUAAUGCUGAUAUUCUCAAAGACAGAAACAACAGAAAUGAAGACAAGACUUCCAAAAUGCAAUCGAGUGACAAAAAGUCAGGACCUCAAGAAGUGAAGAAGUCUCCUCCCCAUGAGGAGGAAACUUUUCCAAAGACCUUAACUACCUCUGAGGUGAAAAAUCCUCAGAAGGAGGAUUUGACGCUUCAGCGGAAGAACUCCACCAGGACGAAAAGCUCAGAGGAAAAGAAUGCUUCCAAGAAGGAAGAGAGGUCUCUACAAAGAAAGGCCUCGGUGAGAUCUCAGAACUCUCCUGGCUCAAAUUUGCGGGUGUCUCCCGUGGGUAAAGCUUCCACCAUCGAGCACCGAACCAGCCAAAAUUCCAUCAGCACGUCCGCAGUAGAGACCGAAAAGCCAAAGUCUUCGUUCACCUUCCACCGAUUAUCUUCUCAGCGCUCCAGCAAACGGAAGCCGAAGCCGCAAGGCUCCCAGGAAAAUUUGGAAGAACAGGAAAAGGCGGCCUACGAGAGCCGGCAAGAGAAAGGCUACAGUCGCUACGAGUACCUGCUCCGUUCUAGUGUCCCUCUGGACAAAGCCAAGCGGGGAGACAGAGGGCAGCCAUUGGACAACACGGCGCAUCAAACACAAGGUGGCACCGACAACAGACUGGGACGAUUCAUGCAGCGGGUUGGGAAUCUCAUUGGGAAGAACAAAUAGAUCCCCACAAGAAGAAUGUUGUCAAGAUGCUUGUAAUAUGGUCAUGUAAAUGAUAUGGUAUAAAAGUGACUUUUGAAUGUCUUGUGCAAAUAUAUGUCUUGAGUCCCUCCACACCCUUUAAGUGUGAAAUUAAACAAGUCAUUCUUUUUGUUAUCCGA